CACACCUCCACUCUCUUUUCCUCUCUCUCUCUCCUUCUCUUUCUCUCUAGAGUCUAAUCCCUCAUCCCCACCAUUUGUUUUUUUUUUUCAUAGCCCACUUCUUAAUAGUAUUGCUCACUCACCUUUGAGUCAUUACAAAGCGACUGAAAUUCCAAAUGGGUACCCUCGUUUUUGUGAUUUGGCUUCCAAAUCUUCUUGCUUCUGAUCUGUAUAUUUCUUAAAUUGUUGCAAUUUGAUUGUGGGCAUUCUUGGUUUCUGUGUUGGAAUAGAGGGAUUUUUUUGUUGUUGCCAUUUUUGGCUUUUGGUUGUACUUUUUUUUGGUCGUCUUGAAAUCGGGUAUAGAAGUAGGAGACCAUUGAAAUAUGGUGGGUGGAGGCAUGAAUUUGAUUACUACUGUUAUUGGGUUUGGUAUGAGCGCAACAUUUAUUGUAUUUGUUUGCACAAGAAUAAUUUGUGGGAGACUUCGGAGGAACGAAUCCCGGCCUAUGUUCGAGAUUGAAUCCAGGAUUGAUCUUGAACAGCCAGAGCACCAGGCUAGUGGCCUUGAACCUGUUUUGGUUGCUGCAAUUCCUACUAUGAAAUUCAACCAUGAGGCCUUCAGUUCUAUAGAAGACACACAGUGCUCAAUAUGUUUGGGUGAGUAUCAAGAGAAAGAAGUGCUAAGAAUUAUGCCCAAAUGUGGCCAUAAUUUUCACCUCUCUUGCAUCGAUGUAUGGCUAAGAAAACAGUCUACUUGUCCAGUUUGCCGUUUGCCAUUACAAGAGUCUAUGGGAACAAAACAUGGCAGACCAGUAAUGUUCACUUCGGCUCAGUCUUUUGAUGAGUCUGAAAAUACCCCACAUGAACAUUCUCAUCAGUGGCUAUUACCUGGCCCUGAACGAUCAUCAGUGGCAAACAUUAGCAACCAAAGUCAUAUAGAAUUAGAACGAUCAUCUGUGGCAAACAUUAGCAACCACUCUGAAGCUGAACCGACUACCUCUGGACAAUCAGAAACAAGGCAAUGAUAACACAAGUUUAGCUCUUCUUAAAUGUUACACGUGGCCCAAUGGGUAAUGCAUUGUUUUCUUUCCUGGAAAAGAAAAAGGUGAGUUCGGUGGUGAGAGUAGUAGCUUUUGUUGUUUGUUUCCGAGUGGUGAUAACUUUAUAUAUUACUUUUCUCCAAGUUACCAGGGUAAUGGAAAUCGAUGGUAGGGCAGGAGGUCUUUAGAUUUGGAAGUUUUCUCAAUACUUUUUGUACAUAUGAUUCACCUUUCUUUUGUAGCAUUAUCAGACUGAAGUCGUGCUAAUUUACUGUGACAUAAUCCUCACAAUUUAAGUAUGGAAUUACAAUCAUAAGUAUUCAGUUUUUACUGGUUAGUGAAAUUAGUCUUUUUCUCCA